CUCGAUGGCCGCCGUGCGCCGCCUCCAAUGGCAGGCCUGGCCCUGCCCAGCCCUGAUCAGCUGAUGGUGGCAAUGUCUGUUGACAGGAGCCGCCUCGGCCGCGGGACUGGGUAUGUGAAUCCAAAUGGAGCACUCGGAAGGAGGCGAGCAGAGCCAGCAGCAGCAGCAGCCCUGGGGGAAGCUGAUCCGGCUGGGUGCUGAUGAGGCGGAGCCGCACGUCUUGCUGCUGAAAAGAGAAUGGACAAUUGGUCGGAAGAAAGGUUGUGACUUAUCUUUCCCUGGCAACAAGUUGGUGUCUGGAGAUCACUGUAAAAUCAUAGUGGAUGAAGAAUCUGGUCAAGUGUCAUUGGAAGAUACAAGUACUAAUGGAACAGUAAUUAAUAAACUGAAAGUGGUGAAGAAGCAGACAUACCCUUUACAGACUGGGGAUGUGAUCUAUGUUGUUUACAGAAAAAAUGAGCCAGAGAACAACGUUGCUUAUCUUUAUGAAUCCUUAUACACAAAACAUGAUGCAACUCAAGAACCAGUAGAAGUUAAUGUAGAAAACCAAUGCCAUGUGACCAAAGAUACCUCAAGUACAGGAAGAAGUAAUGAUGAGACCCAAAUUACCUCAUCACCAUCAGCUACUCAGUCUUGCUAUGAGGAACCACAGCCAUCUACUUCUACAUCUAACCUCUUUAAUGCUUCUUCUACCUCUUUUAUUGAGUCUGCAUCUGUUCAGCAGGAUAAUCCUUCUACAUCUGGAUCACAAUCCUUAGUUUUCACUCCUGUGCCUGCUUUCCCCAUCUUAGAAUCUGUGUGUCUAAGAGCACUGCAUGAUGAACAUGAAAAGCUGGAUGUGAAUACUGAAACUUUGGCAAUCACUUCAGAAAUCACUGACAAAGAAAAAGCAGAAUCAGAUUCUCAAAGAACAGGGGAGGAGGAAGGUUUGGAACCUGCUAAGAAGAAACUAAAAGGAGAUGAAGAUGCUUGUCCAAAUUUUUCACCAGCAGCUCCAAGUGAAUGUAUAAUUAAAAUUGGCUCUGAAGAUGCAAAAACAUCAAAUGUGAAACCGGAUAAGAUGGAAGAAACGUUAACUUGCAUUAUCUGCCAAGAACUGUUGCAUGACUGCGUAAGCUUGCAGCCUUGUAUGCAUACUUUUUGUGCUGCCUGCUACUCAGGAUGGAUGGAAAGAUCAUCUCUAUGUCCAACUUGUCGCUGUCCAGUAGAACGUAUUUGUAAAAAUCACAUAUUGAACAACUUGGUUGAAGCUUAUCUGAUUCAGCAUCCAGAUAAAUGUCGUAAUGAAGAUGAUGUACGUAGCAUGGAUGCUAGAAACAAAAUUACUCAAGACAUGUUGCAACCUAAGGUGCGGAGAUCUUUUUCAGAUGAGGAAGGAAGUUCUGAAGAUUUAUUGGAAUUGUCAGAUGUAGAUAGUGAAUCUUCAGAUAUCAGUCAACCAUAUAUAGUAUGCAGACAGUGCCCAGGGUAUCGAAGACACUCUGUUCCAACUCUGCCUGGCACAGGCCAAGAGACAGAAGCGGGAGGAAUGCAGGCACUGGGAGAUGCGCCAUCUACAUCUGCCAACUUCCCUGCAGCUGUCCAGGAAUAUGUGUGUCCUGCUCAAGGAAGUCAUGUAAUAUGCACCUGCUGCUUUCAGCCAAUGCCUGACCGAAGAGCAGAGCGUGAACAGAAUCCUCAUGUUGCUCCUCAGCAAUGUACAGUUUGUCUGCAACCCUUCUGUCACUUAUACUGGGGCUGCACUCGGAUGGCAUGUUUUGGCUGUUUGGCACCAUUCUGUGAAAUAAAUCUUGGUGAUAAGUGUUUAGACGGAGUCCUAAAUAACAACCACUACGAGUCAGAUAUCCUAAAGGAUUACCUGGCAUCCAGGGGUCUGACAUGGAAAAAUAUGUUAAACGAAAGCCUCUUAGCUCUUCAAAGAGGAGUUUUCAUGUUGUCAGAUUACAGAAUUACUGGGAACACAGUGCUUUGCUACUGUUGUGGCCUUCGCAGCUUUCGAGAACUUGCCUACCAGUACAGGCAGAAUAUUCCUGUUGCUGAAUUGCCAGUGACUGUCACAUCACGUCCUGAUUGCUACUGGGGGCGCAACUGUCGAACUCAGGUCAAAGCACAUCAUGCCAUGAAAUUCAAUCACAUUUGUGAACAAACACGAUUCAAGAACUGAAUACUUGUAGUCUGUAGAGAGGGGACAAAAACCUGUUACACUGCUUGUACAGUUUAAGGUUUCAGGGGAUCUUCUCAGUUCCCCCAUAGCAGGGAAUCAAUAACUUUUGCAUCAGGUAAUCUGGUGUGAACUUUUUAAUUUGUAGAAUUUUACAGCUGUACAUGAAUAAGGUAGACUUUUUUUUCCAAGAAAGUCCAGCAAGCAUUGCAUUCCAUCCUCAUGACUACAGUGUCCCUGUAUCACUUCAGUGAAGAACACAAACAGAAAUCACAUACACAAAAACCAGCCAUAUCUUGGGAAGACCUAAGAAUAAGGAGUGUAUUUGCACUACUUGUGAAGAAACUAAGAAAAAUCCUUAGACUUAAAAUAGAAAAGUUUUGUAAAAGUAUCUGAUGGAUAUUUCAAGAGCCAUUAAUAUUUAAGAAGGAAAUUGUCAGUGUAUAUUUGUAACUGCAUUUUGCGGUAGUCUGAUAUUUUGUCGCUACCCAUUGCAUUUGGGCUAGAAACCACGUUGCUAUUCACUU